CUCAGCCAAAGUUCAACUAUCUAUAAUAGUUUCCUCAUAAUUGUCUUGUCAGAGCUUUCCAGAAUGCGUUUGUGAUGUCGGGAGUAGAAUUGACAACCCAGAGACAACAGGUAGCCGAAUUUGAUGAAGAAAUCAGACUUGCGCAAAUCAACUGUCUCUGUGCUGCUGCUAUGUCCAUAGUCAUGAAUGUGGCAGUGCUCUUCAUAACAAGAAAGCUUCGAGGUAGUUACAAUCUGAUGUCCAGUGCUCCAAUUAUUACUUAUACUUCUUGCACAGCCAUCGCUUUCUCAGUCACUCAUGCGCUCUCAUGCCCGGUUACGGAGAUUGGAAGGCACGAAAUUUCAUGGUUUUUGCUGCAUUCCGCUAUUAAUUUCCCUAGUGUGGACAAUAACCAUGAACAUCCAUUGCGUGGGCGACCAGCUAUUUAUUCUGCCAGGGAAAGCGCCUUACUAAGGCCGCUACUAACAGUCCUAGUUGUCCUACUUCUAUGCGCGUUCGUAUGCAUGAUGUAUAGUGCAAAAUGCAUCAGCUCCAGAAUAGCUAUAAUGACCGACGAAAAUUCUAAAAAAAGGCACACUAGGAUUUUCAGGCUUCUCCUCAUGCAGACUUCUCUGCCAUUCUUGUUUCUACAUCUGCCCAUACUAAUUUCAUUUUCCUUGGAGAAGUGGUUGCCGGAGAUUAUUUCUGAUAACAUAGCUGUGGUGUACGCUUGGUACCCAGCACUUGUGCCCAUCAUGGUUUACUGGAAUGUGAAAGACCGAUUUACGAAAUGCUGUUGCUCGCGUAGACGUCGAAGCAAAACAACGCAGAUAACAACACAUAGAUCCACGCUCCAAUCCUAG